AUGACAAGUUCACAAGAAGAAACCACAUUUCCCAUACAAACAAAACAAUCUGCAAAAAUAAUUGAUGGAAUACAUACAGAAGUGUUGAUUAGUGGUUUUCGAAAUAAGAUUUUUGUGGUUAUAACACAAUAUGGAAAAAUUGUAGACACGAUAUCACCACUUAGGGUGUCAUCAACAGAUACCAUACCAACAAAUGAAAUUUUUUUACUUGGAUCAUAUUCUUCAUUAUAUCAAAUAUAUGCGUCACAAAUUGCCAAUACAAUAGUACAAGAAAAUCCUAAUGAAGGAAGAUCAAUAAUUGUUGGAAUUGCAUUAAUGAAAAAGGGUACAGAAUCAAUGAAUGAACAAGAAGAAGAAAUAAUCGGAGGAAAGUAUUUAUUAGAACAAGUUGAAUUAAUGGUUAGAGAAUGUAGAGUUUGGUGA